AUGAAAUUUACAAAUGAAUUAAAUUUAAUUAAUAAUUUAAUAUUAUAAGAAAUUAUAUUAUCAAGAUCAAAUUCACCAAUAGCUAUAACAGCUAAUGAUAAUGUACUUGAUACAAUUGAUUUUGAUUUUCAAGCAACUGUUGAACAUUUACAAUUUAAAGUUCAUCAAUGUGCAUUGCGUAAUAUAAUACGUUUAUGUAAAAUUGAAAGAUCAGCAUGUGAUAUAAGAGCUGUUAUUCAUAAAAUAUUACUAAAAGCUCGAUUACCAUUAUGGCCAUCAAGUGCAACAACUCGUAGUUCAAAUCAAAAAUUAUUAUCACAAUCAAUUGAAUAUUUUGAUUUACGUUGUCAAUUAACAGAAAAAUUUAACAAAACAAAUGCAAACAAUACUUAA